GAAUGCUGGCUCUGUCUUUUGCCGCUUGAUGAGAGCCUGUGCCCGCUAGGCCUCGGCCCCUCUGCACCCCGCAAAGAUUGCACGCUCUCUUUUCCAUCAGGGGGCGUCACGAUGGCCGCCGCCGAGGUCCCUGUCCCUUCUGAGCAUUUCACCCAAAUCAAAGAGCAGAACUUGAAGCCUGGAGACCUGGACGAGGAAAAGGAGGAGGGCGGGGUACAGAGAAUGGAAGCCCAGGAGGGUGCUGUCGAGGCGGAGGCCGCGCCCUGCCAGCUUCUGGAUGCCGCGGGGCUCCAGAAUGACCAGCCUGAGCUGUCUUUGUGGGUCCCAGCCGAGAGCGACAGGCGGGUCCUGACCCUGCAGACCGUGCACCUGACCCCCCAGGAUGUGCACCUGCAGGGGCUGGGAUGGCUGAGCGUGCCCCGCUCCGGGGAGUUCCCAGUGAUGAUACCGCAGGAGGAGUGCUUCCUGCCUUUGCCAUCCGUGCUGUGGUUGCAACCAGAGCCCCAGCCCGACUCCCAGCACUGUGUGACCAUCAGCAUCCCGGAAGAGCUGUACCAACCGGAGCCGCUGGAGCUGAUGCAUUUUCACCUGCUGCAGCAGAGUGUGCCAGCGGCCGAGCAGGACCAGGAGCUAACCCCAAGCCUGGGCGAAAACGCAGCCCUGACGAAGUUUGAAGAUGAUGAGAAGGACCGAUUGUUGCCGGAGGCAGAGCCAGAUGCGAAAGGAGGAGAGCGGCUGCUUUUUGUGGAGGUGACACGGAACGAUGAAGGGAAGGAUGAGGCUGUCCUGACCAUUUCCCACCUGAGCCUGCAAGACCAGCAAGGCCAGGCAGCCUCAGAGCAGACCAGUGCGCCGGGAGCUGAGACCACCAAACCUCCGAGGGGGGUCCGAGGAAAAACCCGAACCUUCCAGUGCGACGCCUGCCCGUUCACUUCUUCCAAAUUCUCAACUUUCACCCGCCACGUGAAAAUCCACAAUGACGAGAGACCUCACCUGUGCCACCUGUGCCUGAAGGCUUUCCGCACCGUCACCCUCCUUCGGAACCAUGUCAACACUCAUACAGGAACCAGGCCCUACAAGUGCGGGGACUGUGACAUGGCAUUUGUCACCAGUGGAGAACUGGUCCGGCACAGGCGUUACAAACACACCCAUGAGAAGCCCUUCAAGUGUUCCAUCUGCAAGUAUGCCAGCGUUGAGGCAAGCAAGCUGAAGCGACACAUCCGCUCACACACGGGCGAGCGUCCCUUCCAGUGCUGCCAGUGUACCUACGCCAGCAAAGACACCUACAAGCUGAAGCGUCAUAUGCGGACCCACUCAGGUGAGAAACCUUAUGAGUGCCCCACCUGCCACGCCCGGUUCACCCAGAGUGGCACCAUGAAAAUCCACGUGGCGCAGAAGCAUGGGGAGAAUGUGCCCCGACACGAGUGCCCCCACUGUGCUACCAUCAUUGCGAGGAAGAGCGACCUGCGCGUCCACCUGCGCAACCUGCACAGCCCCAGCCCCGAGGAGAUCAAGUGCCGCUACUGCCCCGCCGGCUUCCAUGAGCGCUACGCCCUCCUCCAGCACCAGAGGACCCACAAGGACGAGAAGAAGUUCAAGUGCAAGCAGUGUGACUACGCGUGCAAGCAGGAGCGGUGCUUGAAGGCGCACAUGCGCAUCCACACGGGAGAGAAGCCGUUCUCCUGCCUCGCCUGCGACAAACACUUCCGGCAGAAGCAGCUGCUCACUGUGCACCUGAGGAAGUUCCACGAUCCGAGCUUUGUCCCCGAUGAGCACCUAUGCCUCAAGUGUGGCAAAGGCUUUUCCCGCUGGAGUAACCUGCAGAGACACAGGAAGAAGUGUGACCCGGAGCAGUUGGCCGCCGCCAGAAAAGGAAGCUCUACGGAGCAGGCCAUGGAGGAAGGACCAGGAUGGGACAACGGUAUUGCUACUCAGGCGAGCGAUACCGGGAAGUGCCCUGGGAAGCCGGCUAGCAGUGAGAACCUGGAUGAUGGCCUGACCUGCGAGAUGAUCUUUAACAUGAUGGAUAAGUGA